AUGGAUCAAAACGACUUCCAGCAGUACUACAGCGGCCGCCAGCUUGCUGGUGGCCCCUCAAUGGCCUCAACAGCAAACCAUACUCCUCUACGCCCCGGCACUCCCAACACAGAUAGGAAUCCUUUCGGCGAUGACCGGGUGGAUACGCAUAUAUCCCAAAGAAAUGGCGCAGUCAACCCUUUUGCUUCACCAUCUGCUUCCAGACCAGCUUCCAGACCAGCUUCCAGUUUUGGCAGCUCGAGCGCAUUGGGAAGGGGACAUGAGGAACGUGGGCAGAGAUACUUCCACUCCCGACGGGUGAAGAAGGGCGAGGUGGAGAAGCCAUGGAUGGACAAGACGGAUCCCAAGGAGAAAUGGGUCACCAUUCUCCCCAUCCUGGGCAUAGUUGUUGGUCUGGGCAUUUCAGGAUUCCUCGUUUGGGAUGGUCUCCGAAGUGUUGUGACGCACAAAUACUGCAUGGUGAUGGAGGACGAUUUUUCUGGAGGCUUCAACACUGACUUCUGGACAAAGGAGGUACAACUCGGUGGUUUUGGUAACGGCGAGUUUCAAAUGACCACCGCUGGUGAUGAGAACGUCUACGUCGAGAAUGGGCAUUUGCACAUCAAGCCCACCCUUCAGGAUGCUGCCCUGAUCGACAAGGACUCCAUCAUCAACCUUCUGAAGGAUGGCACCUGCACGUCUAAAUCGCCAUCCGACUGUAUUGCCGCCACCAACACUACUGCUGGCAACUCCACCAUCGUGCCUCCUACCAGGUCUGGUCGUAUCGUCACGAAGGGAAAGAAGAGCAUCAAGUACGGCCGUGUCGAGGUGACGGCCAAACUCCCCAAGGGCGACUGGCUUUGGCCUGCUAUAUGGAUGAUGCCCGAGGAGGACAAGUACGGCCCUUGGCCCGCGUCUGGUGAAAUCGACAUUAUGGAAUCGCGCGGCAACAACCACAGUUAUGCACAGGGCGGCAACAACAUCAUGUCCUCCGCUCUGCACUGGGGACCCGACCUGGCCAACGAUGCCUGGUGGAGAACCAACGUCAAACGCCCCGCUUUACACACGACUUACUCCGCUGAUUUCAACAUCUUCGGAUUAGAAUGGUCACAGAAGUAUUUGUUCACAUUUGUUAACUCUCGUCUUCUCCAAGUCUUGUACACCAACUUCGACGAG